UCUUUAUGGGAUAACGUCCAUGCUAUCAUGUCGCAUGAAGUUGUGUAUUACUGACUCCCCGGACGUUGUAAAAUUUCAGUAGAAUAUUAGGCUGACUUUAAUUUGGUUUCUGACAUGCUGUGAAUCAUAUUGGCCGUAUAAACAUUUAUAAAAUGGGUAAAAAGGAUAAAGGAGACCGAGAGAAAAAGUCCAAAAAGCGUUUUUAUGAAGAAGAGGAGGAUGACGAAGAAGUGGUGGGUAAUGAGUCCCAGGAGGCCAUACCUGCAGCUGCAGGGAAACAGGUGGAUGAAUCCAGUACUAAACUGGAUGAAUAUGGAGCCAAAGACUACCGUGUUCAGAUGCUGUUGAAGAAUGAUCAUUCUUCACGUCCUCUCUGGGUGGCUCCAGAUGGACACAUCUUUCUAGAGGCCUUCUCCCCUGUAUAUAAAUAUGCCCAGGAUUUCUUGGUGGCGAUUGCAGAGCCGGUGUGCAGGCCAAAUCACGUCCAUGAGUACAAGCUGACGGCCUAUUCCUUGUAUGCAGCUGUCAGUGUGGGGCUGCAGACCUCCGAUAUUGUGGAGUACUUACAAAAACUCAGCAAGACUACUGUGCCUGAAGGAAUUGUGCAGUUCAUAAAACUCUGCACGGUGAGCUAUGGUAAAGUGAAGCUAGUGCUCAAACACAAUAGGUAUUUUGUGGAGAGUGCCUUCCCUGAUGUGAUCCAGCGCCUCCUGCAGGACAAUAUCAUCCGUGAAUGUCGUCUCCGUGCUGCAGAUGGAGGGGACACAGAGCUUAUUACUGAAGUCAUCCACAGCAAGUCAGCGAUAUCAAAGUCUGUUCAAGAUAAAGGAGGUACGUCCACGUCACAGCAGGCCAGCGAUGGACAGGCGUCUACCCAGCAGGUUCCUGAGGACAUCUUCAGCUACUAUGAACAGAUGGAUAAGGAGGAGGAAGAAGAGGAGGAGACUCAGACAGUGUCAUUUGAAAUUCGGCAGGAGAUGAUUGAAGAGCUUCAAAAACGUUGUAUUCAGCUGGAGUACCCCCUCCUAGCAGAGUAUGACUUUCGUAAUGAUACAGUCAACCCAGACAUCAACAUAGACUUGAAGCCCACUGCUGUGUUAAGGCCUUACCAGGAAAAGAGCCUACGCAAGAUGUUUGGAAAUGGACGUGCUCGCUCUGGGGUCAUCGUGCUGCCCUGUGGUGCGGGAAAGUCUUUGGUAGGUGUUACUGCAGCGUGCACAGUACGAAAACGCUGCCUGGUGUUGGGGAACUCCUCUGUGUCAGUUGAGCAGUGGAAGGCUCAGUUCAAGAUGUGGUCCACUAUUGAUGACUCUCAAAUCUGCCGUUUCACUUCUGAUGCUAAAGAUAAGCCUAUUGGCUGCUCUGUGGCCAUCAGCACUUAUUCUAUGCUGGGUCACACAACGAAGCGCUCAUGGGAAGCAGAGCGGGUCAUGGAAUGGAUGCGGAGCCAGGAGUGGGGCCUCAUUAUCCUGGAUGAAGUGCACACUAUCCCUGCCAAGAUGUUUCGCCGUGUUCUGACCAUUGUCCAAGCCCACUGCAAAUUGGGCCUCACUGCCACGUUGGUCAGAGAAGAUGACAAGAUUGUGGACCUCAACUUUCUAAUUGGGCCUAAGCUGUAUGAAGCCAACUGGAUGGAGUUGCAAAACAAUGGCUAUAUUGCCAAAGUCCAGUGUGCAGAGGUGUGGUGCCCAAUGUCUCCAGAGUUUUACAGAGAGUAUGUGGCCAUCAAGACUAAAAAGCGAAUCCUUCUCUAUACCAUGAAUCCCAAUAAGUUCCGUGCCUGCCAGUUUCUUAUUCGCUUCCACGAACGGCGCAACGACAAGAUCAUUGUCUUUGCUGAUAACGUGUUUGCUUUGAAGGAGUAUGCCAUUCGACUCAACAAGCCUUACAUCUAUGGUCCAACAUCUCAGGGGGAACGCAUGCAGAUCUUACAAAACUUCAAACAUAACCCCAAGAUCAACACAAUUUUCAUCUCCAAGGUUGGAGACACUUCAUUUGACUUGCCAGAAGCCAAUGUUCUUAUUCAGAUCUCCUCUCAUGGUGGAUCACGAAGGCAGGAAGCUCAGAGACUUGGCAGAGUCCUACGAGCCAAGAAAGGAAUGGUAGCAGAAGAGUAUAAUGCAUACUUCUAUUCACUGGUGUCUCAAGACACCCAAGAGAUGGCUUAUUCCACAAAGAGACAGAGGUUCCUGGUGGACCAGGGCUACAGCUUUAAGGUAAUUACAAAGCUGGCAGGUAUGGAGGAAGAGGACCUGAUGUUCUCCACCCGAGAUGAGCAGUACCAGCUUCUUCAGAAGGUCUUAGCGGCAUCAGACCUGGAUGCAGAGGAGGAAGUGGUGGCAGGGGAGGUGGGCGGUCGACCACAGAUCUCUCGGCGAACAGGCACAAUGAGCUCCAUGUCAGGUGCAGAUGACACCGUCUACAUGGAAUAUCAAAGUCGUGGCAGCAAAGCCUCUGCCGCAAGCAAGGGCGUUCAUCCACUUUUCAAGCGUUUCAGGAAGUAGAUGCACUGACUCAAACUGUAACGGCUGAAGACAGGGGAAGAAUGGACUGAGACUACUGGUAGUCAGGUAGUGCACCGGGUCUGGACAACAGAAUAAACUGUGGAGACAACCUGGAGCUAAAUAUUACCUGAAGAUAGUGAUGAUAUAAAGACCUUCCCUUUGGUUCCUGACUCAAAACUUGGAAAAAAUCCAGAGCAUGAUGCUGCUCUUUGUAAUAUCCCCUUGCAUCUUGUUCAUACACAGAUGUUUGCAGCUCAAAUGCUUCACAGAUGAACAAUGGGAAAACAAAACAGUUGUUCUUUCUGAAGUUGUUUUGCAUUUUGAUAAGUUUGGCUUGCAAGCUUUGACUUGCAGUUUGGAAUAACAUGUCACUUCUGUAGGCAACGAGAUGUAAUAUUAACCCUUUAAAGCACAGCAACAGAUUAGGUGAAGUUGUUUCAGUAACUUUAACUGUCUUAUCCACUGUUAGUGGUGGUUCAGUAAGCCAACUCUUAGUGUGAAAAUCAAGUUUUUGUAAAGCAUAUUUUGGUAAAUGUGACUGAUUGUACACAUUAAAUGGUAAAUGAAUAUUAAUUCAUGCCAACUAGCUCCAUUAUUGUAAUUUUCAUUGAUAUAUUUUCGUCAGGGAUUUAUUUGCAUCCUAUGAAUGUGUAUCUCGGUCACUCCAGAGAAGGAAACACAAAUCAACUUUAUAUUCUAACAUGGAAAACAUUAUUAUAAUUAUCAUACAAGUAGCACCGUAACAAUUCCAAUAGCUAGUGGCAUUGCUGGUGAGCAGUAGAAUCCACCCUAUAGAAAUCUCUGAAUGUAAUCAGAAAACAAACUCCAACAUAUGUCUCAUGUAAUCACAUCGACGUGUCAAUCUUUUAUUGUCAGCCUUUCAGCAUUAAUUAAAUACAACCUGAAAAUCCUGAUAGUCCUGUAGAAAUGAUAAUUAAUUAUGGUUUUGUUUACCCUCAGGGUUUGCAUUCCCUCCAAGAUGCAUUUCUCAUUAAAGAAUGAUUUUUUUUUUCCCAGUGUAUUUUAUCAUUACGUUUCUGGUUAUCUGAAAAAUUUUAUCAGCAUAAUGUGAAACGUUUCAUAUGAUGACUUAUGUGAAUGAGGAAAUUGCAAAUAAUGGGUGAACUGGAAAAUAUCAUUCAUUCACAUAAUCUGAUUAAGUUCUACUUGUUGCUUCAGUCAAGACAGGGUGAGAUUCAGCCGUUAUGGAUGGAUGAUGCAUUAUAUUUUUAACAUUAGUACAAACUUACAAAUUUGUUAUAACAUCAUAAAUCCAUCCUUGUUGUUAAAAUUAUAACCUAUCACAUUAUGAAACAUUUCACAAAAUGCCAUGAGAGGCAGUGUAUUGUUACAGCAACAAAAGUCUCCUUUCAUAACAUCAGAAGCUUGUAUGUUGUAAUAUCC